AUGCUGGCACUCCUCCCACUCGGCUGCGCGCUGCUGGCGCCGCCGCACGCCGGCGCCGGCUGCUCGCUGCUAUCGCUGCCGUACGAGCGCCUUCACUCUCUCGUCGGCGGCGCCGGCGCCAAGAGCGUCUGGCGCCAUCUGCGGAGCGGGCGCGACCCUGCCGCCGCCGCCGCAGGUGCCGAUGGGCUGGGUGCCGCGGCGCGGGCAUCGCUCGCCGCCCACACCUCGCCGUCGCACGUCGCUCCCGUGGUGCGCGAGCACUCCACCUCGGACGGGACGCGCAAGCUGCUGCUCCGGCUGAGGGACGGACACGAGGUGGAGACGGUGCUCAUCCCGCCGCGGCCGGACGUGGCGGGCGGCGGGCGGGCACGGAACGCGCGCGCACGCAGCACGCUAUGCGUCUCUUCGCAAGUCGGCUGCCGGCAGGGCUGCCGCUUCUGCGCGACGGGCACGAUGGGGCUCUUUCGCUCGCUCGACACGGAUGAGGUGCUGGCGCAGGUCUUUGCCGCUCGCGGGCUCGCCGAGCGCGAGGCGCUGCCGCCGCUCUCCAACCUCGUGUUCAUGGGGAUGGGCGAGCCGGCAGACAACGUGCCUGCCGUGCGUGGUGCGCUGGCCGCGCUGACCGACCGGCGCCGCUUCGGCUUUUCGCCGCGCGCCGUGACGGUCUCAACGGUGGCGCCGACCGCCGCUGCCUUUGGCGCGCUGCUCGGCAUCGGGGAGGAGGAAGCGCCGCCGCCGCCCGCGCUCGCGUGGUCUCUGCACGCCGCCGACGCCUCCCUCCGCCGCCGGCUCGUCCCGACCGCCGUCGACGAGCCAGAGGCGCUGCGGGAGGGGCUAUGCGCGGCGCUCGCGGCGCUGCCCCCGCGGAGGAGGAGACUCGUCGUCGAGUACGUCCUGCUGGGCGGCGUCAACGACGGGCUGGCCGAGGCGGACGAGCUGGCCGCCUUCCUGCGCCCCGUCGAGGCGGCCUGCUUCGACCCGGGCCGGGCGAGCCGCCGCACGGGCGUGCUGGUCAACCUGAUCCCGUACAACGACGGCGGAGGCGGAGCGGCGGCGCGCCUCGCCGCGCGGUACGAGCGCCCGACAUGGGCUGCGAUCGACGCCUUCCAGGCGCGGCUGCGGCAGCGCGGCGUGUGGGUCUCCGUCCGAGCGCAGCGCGGCGCCGAUGACAGCUCGGCGUGCGGGCAGCUCUGGGCGCAGCAGCCGCAGGCGCGCCGCCACCAACCGGCGGCGGGGAUGGUGUGA